AAUCAACGUAACCAACAAUUAGCCGACAUUUGUCAGUUAAUUCCCCCUUCCCCUUACUGCCCCACACCAUGAAAUGGAUGUGUAUUAAUUCGUAAAGCAAUAACAAGAGUAAGGGGGGUUGCUGCGAGCUAGCUAAGGGAUCUCUAUCUUUGCAGCUGAUCCAUGGAAGGAGGUGCCUCACGCUGCUACCUCCCUCCCCCCUCAGCCCCCUCUGUGGUGGAACUAGGGCACCCCGCAAGCAAGGACACCCUCCAAGAUCUAGGGUUUCUACUUCCACCGCAAGCAAGCAGUACUCCAUUCCUGCUGUCCACUGAUCAGCCUUCUCCUUUCUCCAACCCCGCCGCCGCCGCCAGCAGCAACGAAGAGGUAGGUACUUCGGACCUGAAAGCUCACCAUGAUCAGAGCUCUUGCAGAGAUGGUGCCAAUUCAUGGUGGAGGAGCACUUCGAACUCCAUGGAUAAGGGAAAGGUGAAAGUGAGGAGGAAGAUGAGGGAGCCGAGGUUUUGCUUCCAGACUAGAAGUGAUGUCGAUGUGCUCGACGAUGGCUACAAGUGGCGGAAAUACGGCCAAAAAGUUGUCAAAAAUAGUCUUCAUCCAAGAAGUUAUUAUCGUUGCACCCACAGCAACUGUCGCGUGAAGAAGAGGGUGGAGAGAUUGUCGGAAGAUUGUCGAAUGGUGAUCACGACGUACGAGGGAAGGCACACUCAUUCUCCUUGUGACGAUGCCAACUCUUCGGAACAUGAAUGCUUCAGCUCAUUUUAAGGCACACGGAUCGAGUUUAAUUGUCUCAUAAUUAAUAACUUAAAUUAAGUCCCAAUUUAAUCACUAGUGUUUUCGGAGUUUUCUUGAUUACGAAAGAAAAGGGAAAAAAAUAAUACUUUUCUGCUAUGAAUAAUAAUGCAUGUUUCUGAAUAUGUCUUUUGUUUAGGGACAUGGAAUUGAGUGAGGAGUUGGCUUGUAUUAAUUAUUGAUCAAUUCAACUAAUUAUUUGUGUUA